AUGGAUGUUGACUCCAGAAAUGGAGGCCAACCCAGUCGGGCAGACAUCGAACGCCAGUUGAAUGAAGAAUAUCCAAACAGACCUCAUAAUAAACACAGAGCUCUACCUUUCCACACCCUCAUCCGGGAUCUGUUCAACCCUCUAAUCGACAAUAGGACCAAGAAGACAGGUGGUGCAGUAAUCAACAGGAGAAAAGUAGGCCCCAACGGCGGCUCAAGCGCGUCCCCCUCUGAGCUGCGGCGCGCCAUCAUUGAGCGAUAUAUUGCUCGCUGGAGGAGAGACGUCGGACAAGAUUUCUUCCCUGCUUUUCGCCUCAUCAUCCCUGACAAGGAUCGCGAACGUGGAGUGUAUGGCCUCAAAGAAAAGAUACUGGGCAAGUUGUUGGUAAGAGUUAUGAAGAUUGACAAGAAUUCCGAGGAUGGUUUCAACUUGCUGAACUGGAAGAUACCUGGAGGCGGAAGCAAUGCUUCUCGUUCGGCCGGAGAUUUUGCUCUUCGUUGCCAUGAAAUCAUCUCGAAACGACCAAUGAGGAUGGAAUAUGGCGACAUGGACAUCGACCAGGUAAAUGAAUUGCUAGACCAACUGUCCGCAGCACCGAAGGAGGAGGAUCAAUUACCUAUCCUGGCCGAAUUCUACAAACGCAUGAAUGCUGAUGAGCUCCAAUGGGUCAUUCGAAUCAUCCUCAAGACGAUGAAAGUUGGUGCAACUGAGAAGACCUUCUUUCAUAUUUGGCAUCCCGAUGCAGAAAGCCUGUUCAAUAUCUCCAGCAAUCUUCGAAGAGUAUGCUGGGAACUAUGGGACCCUGCAAAACGUCUAGACAGUGAUGAGACUGGCGUCUCCUUGAUGCAAUGCUUUCAGCCACAGCUUGCUCAAUUCAGUCAAGAACCUCUGAAACGUGUCGUCCAAAAAGUUCAAAGUCCUGAAGACAACGAAUUCUGGAUCGAGGAGAAAUUGGAUGGUGAACGCAUGCAACUACACAUGGUCUCUGACAACAGUAUAGUUGGAGGGCGCCGCUUUCAAUUCUGGUCACGUAAGGGCAAAGAUUACACGUACCUCUACGGCAACGGGCUUUACGCAGACAAUGCAUCUCUCACUCCUUUCAUCAAAGGCUGCUUCUCAGACAGGGUGGAGAACAUCAUCCUCGACGGAGAAAUGAUUACCUGGGAUCCCAAGGAGAAAGCCCAAGUGGCUUUCGGCACCUUGAAAUCCGCCGCAAAGGCUGAACAGACCAACCCAUUCGCCGAAGGUCAGAGACCUCUUUUCCGCGUCUUCGAUAUACUUCUCGUCAACGAUCGACCUCUGACACGUCACACUCUGGACGACCGCCGAAAGGCACUGGUGGCCAGUGUCACCUCCGAACCUGAGCGUUUGGAAGUUCACAGCUACCAGAUUGCGACCACUGUAGAGGAGGUCGAAGAUAGCCUCCGGGAGGUCAUCGCGCAGGCUUCUGAAGGAUUAGUCCUGAAAAAUCCCCGUUCAGCAUACAAAUUGGAUGACCGUAAUGGUGACUGGCAAAAGGUCAAGCCCGAAUACAUGAUGGACUUCGGAGAGUCGCUUGAUUGCCUCAUUAUUGGAGGGUUCUAUGGUUCUGGCAGGAGAGGUGGAAAUAUCUCUAGUUUCAUGUGCGGACUCCGCCUCGCUCCUACCGGACAAAGCCAGAGUCAGCGUCAAUCGCAGAGCCAGUCACAGGCCGCAGAACCCUCUCGAAAGUUUGUGUCUUUCUUCAAAGUUGGUGGUGGCUUCACAGCAAACGACUAUGCCACCAUACGACACGACACUGAGGGCAAAUGGCACGAUUGGAAUGCUAAACGUCCACCAACACAGUAUAUCGAACUAGGAGGCGGACCUCAGGGACAGCGCGAAAAGCCCGAUGUCUGGAUCAAGCCUGAAGAUUCUCUCGUCAUAGAGGUCAAAGCUGCGCAGGUCACUGCCAGCGAAGAUUAUGGUUGUGGUAUGACGCUGAGGUUUCCACGCUUCAGAAAACUCCGACGCGACCGCAACUGGCAGACGGCACUCUCACUGGAAGAAUUCCUAGAUUUUCGAAAUGUCAUUGAGGACAAACAGAAAGAGAAAGCAAUGAACGUAGACCAGCAGAAGAAAAAGAGCCGCCAGCCCAACACGCGCAAGAAAGUUAUCACCGUGGCUGGUUACAACGCUAAGGACAUCAACAAUGUAGCUCUUCCUGAUGGUCCAAAGGGCAAUGUCUUCGAGGGUCUAACUUUCUACAUCAUGACCGAAUCCAUUCAACCCACUCAAAAGAAGUCGAAGUUGGAACUCGAGGCAAUAGUCAAAGCCAAUGGCGGCAAGAUUGUUCAGACACAUACCACUGACGAACACACCAUCUGCAUAGCAGCUCGGCGGACCGUGAAAGUCGCAAGUCUCGAAAAGACAUGCAAAAAAGAAAUUGUCAAGCCUACGUGGAUAUUCGAUUGCAUUGAGCAGGCUCAUCAAGAUUUUGCCAAGGGGAUGCCGGAGAUGGUAGUGCCCUUAGAGCCAGCACGACAUUUGUUCUUUGUCCCUCACGACAUGGAGGAUCGGUGGACGGAGAACGUGGAUGAGUACGGGGAUAGCUUUGCCAGGAAUACCAAUGUCGAGGAGCUGCGGGAAAUCAUGGACAAGAUGACCAAUAUUGACUGUCCAGACGACGAGGAGAGCCGGAUCCCUGAACUCUUCCCCGAAUACCUAGACAUGCAAGGAUACAUGUUUCACGGUCUGGUAUUCCUCUUCGACCGUUUAGCAGCGUCGAAACAAGACGAUCUCACAGACGUUAUGAUACGAAACAUUGCACUCUUCGCGGGGGCGGAGAUAUUGCCCAAAUCUGAUCUGUCCACGCUACCAGCCGAAGAAAAGCACCGAAUUACACAUAUUGUCGCCCGGCCCCACUCCGACCUACAGUCCCUACGAGCGGCCGUCUCCCGCUGGAAAGGCCGUCGUAUUCCUCGAAUCAUGAGUCAGGAUUGGAUCCAAGUGUGUUGGAAGGGAGGGAUCAAGGUCGACGAAGAAGCUUAUGUGGCAAGGUAG